GGGACGUGAACUAUGGCUUAUAAUGAACAUUGAUCGGUCAUAAUACAUGGAGGUCUAAAUGGACGUCUUCCAACCACUCAAGCCACUGAGUAAUACGUGGAAUUAUUAUCGCUUCCAAAUACCGGCCAGUGUAGCUCCAUUAGAAGCUCUUCAUUCAUUUCGUUUAUGUGUCCAUUUACAAAAGAAGACGAUCGGAGAGACGUGCUUAGAUUGUGUUGCUCCAUUCUCUGACCACUUCAUAUAUGAAGAUAUAAAGCUUAUAUAGUAAAGAGAUCUAGUUUGUGUCGAAAACAGCCCAGAAAGAAAUUUUAAUCAAAAUGUUUGUAUACGAUCUUAUAGGAGUAAUUGUGAUCGAAACAUCGCUCAUGUUGGCGUGUUUACCUCGACGGCAACUUUCAUCGAGCCAACAAUGGCUCCCGUGCACUGUAAACAAAACCGCCAUCGAAUCUUCAACGCUCGUGCACAAACUGGCCUCGGUUCGCUCGAAUGAAAUGUUUUGCGCUCUUCACGCCACGAGGAUUCAGGGCGUGAGCCUGUAUUGCGUGGACGAUGGUCGCUGCGAGAUGUGGGACGAGGCAAGUCUCUUCGUCGGGAACCCGCAACUACACGAGGCCAAUACUGGCUGCUUCCUCGUCGGCGCGGGCUGCACAAAAUUCGAUGGCAGCGGAAAAGUGGAGGUCGGAGAACUUGUUCCUGAAUUCAAUUGCAAUCUUUUCUUCCCUUACGUCUGCACUGCUUCUGGUUUACUCAAGCCACAUGUGAAUGCAAUCUUCCGUCGGUCGACCUGCAAUGCACCUUUCAACAAGACCCAGUUCGGUUGCCUGCUCUUCGGCUUGGAUUACCAAACAUACCCCGCAGCUCGAACUACAUGCUUGUCUUACGGAGCAGACUUGUUUGCGUCCGAGUCAGUCGACCAGACGUCACUUCUCUCUCAGUUCAUUCAGAAUACUUUCGGCCGCAACGUUGCAUUUUGGGCGGGCGUUCGUCAGAUGCCUAAUGGAAACUGGAUUUGGUUCAACGGUCGUGGUCUGGACUCACGCGAAAUCGGAAACUUUACCAACCACUCGAAUGAAAAAUUUGCGCGCUUUCAGGGCAGUGGCUACAAACUAUACGACGUCGGCUGCGAAGGCGUGUAUGGAGUGAUAUGCCAAUUGAAGGUGUAGGCGAGCGUUGGGUCAGAAAUAUGGUGGCCAUGAGAAGCGAGUCGAUAAUUUGUGAUUGAACGUAGUCCACGAGGCUCAUAUGGGCAAGUUAAUCAUCGGCACUGGUAACCAUCGGAGUUUGUAAAAUGGAGAUUUUCGAGACAGCAUUUUGCAAAAAGAGAACCCAAUAACUUUAAACUAUUAAUGUUACUAGACCACCGUACACUGACGGCACUGAUACCAUAGUAUUGGGUACUCGGCGGUUGUGCACUAUCGCCACACCACUUCCACUAUCUGUCAAUGUUUGCUGUUUUCAAGUUUUUGUAUUGAUCGUAGUUUUUCCCGCCACGUCAGUUGUACACCGUUCGGUCAGAGUUUCUGCUGCUGACCGUAGAUUGAUAGUUACGAUAGCAAUAACGGUGUCAACGUUGAUUAGCCUAUUAGAUCUGUCACCGAUCCUGAACAUCGCAAAAUUUUCACCGCUUGUUGCGGGUCUCGAAAUUGUAACUCACUGCUUCAAUUUUUUUGUGCUUAACCGCCAGCCAACUCACCGAUUUGACUAGAAUUGUCACAGUUAGCUGAGAUCGAGCCCACAACUUACUACUCUAAUCUAGGUACCCUGAACUAUGACGCUGGGCCACGUUGUUCAAUUAGCCACCUGCUAACGUCAUCCAAUAAUGGUUCACUCCUCUGAACUAUCGUUAUAUGCCUCAUGUGGGAAGUGGUGAAUUCAAAUGCGUAGUGCAGAGAAAGUUCAGUUAUCAUCGUAUAGAAGUGCAUAUAACGGGGAACUGAAAUUGAUUCGCUUAUACUUCGCCCAUGUUUGAAACUUUUAAAUUGUUCUGUAGUUAUUCGAUGUCGCAGUUGUUACUAAAAAUUGACCAAAAUAAUUGCAGUGUUAAUGCACGAUAUUUAAGCUUUCUCUAGUUAGCCAUGGAGUACUUGAAGUUUUGCUCUUACUAAACUUAAAUAAGUUAAACCGAAUUUAAUAUGGUUCGUAUAAAUGCACUACAAAGAAAUUUUAGUACGUAGAAAUAUUGUGUGUAUUCGGAGUGGAUUUUGG